CGUGCCGUGUCAUCGGGCUGAGCUUGCAUCCGAGAGCAGCUGCUGUGUCCGGGCUCCGGCAGGUGCGAGGACCCUCUGAACUGAAGCGGACCUGAGCACAAUCCGGGACCCGAGCCGAGCCGAGCCGAGCCGUCGCGGCUGGAGGCAGUUGCCCGCCCGCCUGCAUGGAGCCUCCGGCCGCCCGGAGGCGCAGGAUCCUCCCGCUGCUGGUUCUCUGGAGCUGCCUGAGCGCUGCCGUGCACGGAGAGAAGGCGUGCCACUGCAGCGGGAAGUCUUUGUGUCACUGCGAUGGGGUCAAAGGUCAGAAGGGUGAAAAAGGUUACCCCGGGGAAACUGGGCUUCCUGGAAACGUUGGUUAUCCUGGAAAUGAGGGCGAUCAGGGCAAACUAGGAGAAAAGGGUGAACCAGGACCUGCAGGAAGCCCGGGUCUGAAGGGUGCCCGGGGUUUGGCGGGAGAACCAGGUUUCCCAGGAGCUCCAGGACUGCCGGGACUGCCUGGACACGAAGGACCGAUUGGUCGACCAGGAAUCCCAGGAUGCAACGGGACGAAGGGGGAUGCUGGUUUUCCAGGGCAUCCUGGACUUCCUGGACCCGCAGGCAGGCAGGGGCGUGAUGGUCCUCGAGGCAUGAAGGGAGAGACGAGAGUGUUCCCCGAGACUCAGGAUAUAAAAGGAGCACGAGGUCCACCAGGACCAAAAGGCGCCACGGGGCUCAGUGGGGAUCCAGGUGAACCGGGCCUGACAGGAUCACCGGGAUUCUCUGGAUUUCCUGGAAUUCCAGGUCUUCCAGGGUUGAGAGGAGAAAAGGGUCAGGAAGGUCCCAGUCCAGUGAUCCCAGGUCCACGAGGACUGAAGGGUGACCGGGGACCUCCAGGAGUUCCUGGGCCAAAAGGAAUCAAACUGUAUGCUGAGGGACCCAAAGAGCUGAAGGGAGAACCAGGUGACAGUGGAGAAAAAGGUUGUCCUGGUCGUCGCGGUAAACCUGGGAGGUUGGGAAUUAAAGGAGAGAAGGGGGAGAAAGGUGACACUGGCUCCCUGGGUAAACCAGGGAAGGAUGGACUCCGUGGAGAGUUUGGAGAACAGGUAACCACCUGCUGA